AUGUCUCGCGAAGGGAUAAAUCCCCUGCGGCCCUACUAUAUCCCUCCCUCCGGUCUAUCGCCCGCCAACGCCCCGACCGAGGUGACCUCGGCGUCAUCCACCCAGGUGUUUGGCAGCACGGCGCGCGACCUCGUCCCAGACUUGGACUAUGGCGACUACCUCGACUCAUCAUCAUCCGUGUCCGACUGGGCUCGGGAUGUGCUGAAUCGGGCACUCCUUCGUUAUACGCACGUUCUGACGGCGCAGCCCUUCGAUGUCGCCAAAACGAUUCUGCAGGUGUACGUCACGCCCGAUGCAACGGACGAGGGGGAGUCCGAUCCGAGAUCGACUCCAGGCUCUCGACCAAGUGAUUACGACUCGGAACCAGAAUCGUCCGACGAUGAGAGCAGUUACUUUACCUCCGGUGCGCCGUCAACACCAACGCGGACACCGCGGUCACGCCGGGCACGGCACCGCAUCACUGACCGCAGCGGCUAUAUUCGACCGGACUCGGCCUCGUCCUCCAAACAUGCGUUGACGAUCCGGAACCCCAACUCGUUGAUGGAGGUGCUUUCCCAGCUCUGGACCAGCGGCGGACCAACCUCCCCCUGGAAGGCCUCCAACGCGACUUUUAUCUACUCGCUCCUCCUGCCCACCCUCAACACAUUCAUCCGGAGCCUUUUGUCCGCCAUCGUGGGUCUUCCGGAAGAGGACAUCUCCUCGUCCAUGGCAGCCGACAUCCUGACUGCGGCCUCGCCCAUGGCAACACUCGUCCUUUCUUUCAUUUCAUCCUCGCUCUCCGCCAUGCUCCUCUCCCCAAUCGACACGGCGCGCACGUUCUUAAUGCUCACACCGGCCACACACGGGCCUCGGUCACUUAUUCGCGCCAUCCGGCAGCUCCCCACUCCCAACUGCACCAUCCCACCGCACCUCGUCCCCAUCACCGUCCUCCACUCCAGCCUACCGAAUUUCAUCACCACCUCGACCCCACUCUUUCUCAAAUCCUACCUCUCAAUUGACCCCAUUCUCCACCCGUCCAUGUGGAACCUCUUCACCUUCCUCAGCUCCGGUCUCGAGCUCGCCGUGCGAUUUCCUCUCGAGACCGUCCUCCGCCGCGCCCAGAUUGCCACAUACACCUCGCUGAGUCUACGCCAGAAAUCUGCCGGCGGCAGCAUUAGCAAUGCCUCAUUCGACGCGUCCGAUGUUGAGACUAUCAUCCCCACCCCGCGUACCUACCGCGGCAUUAUUGGAACUAUGUGGCACAUCGUCCACGAGGAAGGCGUCAGUGUCACCCCGUCCGAGGCUGCGCGUGCACAUGAGCUUCUCGGCAGAUCUGCGCCCCAGCACCUCCAGAAACGCCAGCAGGGACAAGGCAUCGAGGGCCUAUACCGUGGCUGGCGUGUUGGGAUGUGGGGAAUUGCUGGCAUUUGGGGCGCAAGCCUGCUCGGUGGGGUGGCCGGUGGCAGUGAAGAAGAAGUCACGAUGAAAGGCGGACAUGGCCGCGCGAGCGGUGGCCGCUUUUGA